GCGUCGAGCGGAAACGCGACGGGGCACGCAUCUCUGGCGUUGGCUCGCGGCGCGCGUUUUACGCGAGCUGCACGGUUCAGUUUUUGCACCUGGAGUUUGCGCGCUUAUUAUUGACAACUGACUCGCGAUAUCGUCGGCUGAUCGUUUCCUGGCCCAGCCUGAUCUAGCAGCCUCAAUAUGGCUGCAUUUCAGCAUGUCAGGGAGAACAUUGAGGACCUCAAUGGGCGUGUGGGUGCUCGGGACACUGACCUCAUCUUUCUCAAGGGUCUCAUGGAAUCACCUGUUAUGACCUGCUUAGUGCAGGUUCAAGAUCACCUUGAAGAGAAAACUACAGCGUUCAAGCCUGUCUCUACAAACAAUGUAGAACUUCUGCGGGAUGUCUGCCAGGCUUGCCGACGGGUCACUAGUCGUGAUGCCCAAGAACUUGCCAACAUCCUUAGUGGUCCUCACUUUUCAGCUUUGCUCAAUGCCCAUGAUGCUGUAGCUACAAAAAGCUACGAACCUGCCAAGCCACUGCCUCUUGAGAAAGAAGCGCCAGCAAUGACACCUGAAACCCUGAAUGACACUAUCAGGAUGGUGGGGAUCAGAAAGAAUGAUGACGAGCCUUUGGGUAUAACGGUACGGGUGGAGAAUGAUAACCUGAUCAUUGCCCGCAUCCUUGCUGGUGGCAUCAUUGACAGACAAGGGCUGCUGCAUAUUGGGGAUACGAUUCUGGAAGUGAAUGGCAUACCAGUCCACACACCUGAACAGUUGCAGCUGCAACUGAAAAAGGCUCAAGGAAGUGUUGCAUUCAAGAUACUUCCCUCUUACCAUGACAGCCUUCCGACAUUUCAGUGUUUCGUGAAAGCGUUGUACACGUACGACCCAUCAAAGGAUACCCUGCUGCCAUGUAAGGAAAUUGGGCUUGCCUUCAAGCAAGGUGACAUCUUACAAGUGCUCAAUCAGGAGGAUCCAAAUUGGUGGCAGGCCAGGAGGGUCUCUGCCUCAGGUCCAGCAGGCCUCAUUCCAUCACAGGAACUUGAGGAACGGAGACGAGCUUUCGUGCGGCCAGAAUUUGACUAUGCAACAAAGACAAAAAUGUGUGGCACAAAGAUUACAAAGAAGAAGAGGAAAACAAUGUACGAAAGCAAGGCAUCAGCAGAGUUUGAAAAGGCUGAGUUGCUGCUGUAUGAAGAGGUUGCUCGGAUGCCACCAUUUGAGCGCAAGACACUAGUACUUGUUGGAGCACGGGGUGUUGGCAGACGUUCCCUCAAGAACAAGCUUAUCAGCUACGAUCCUGUGCACUUCGGAACACCACUUCCUCACACAUCUCGACCAAUUCGGGAGACAGAAACUGAUGGCAAAGUAUAUUACUUUGUAUCUCGAGAGGUGAUGGAAGCUGACAUAGCUGACAACAAGUACCUCGAAUGGGGCGAGCAUGGUGGUCACCUCUAUGGCACCAAACUGGACACCCUGCGUGCUGUCAUCCGCUCUGGAAAAAUGUGUGUUGUGGACUGUAGCCCCCAGUAUCUGAAGAUCUUGAACACGCCUGAGUUCAUGCCUUAUGUGGUCUUCAUUGCUGCACCUCAGCUGGAGCACUUUCGGCAGAUGCAUGAAUUUGGGCGUCAUCACGGAUAUGGAAGCAGCCGCAACCUCACGUUCGACCGAGCCAUGAGUCGACAUGGUUCACGCCGGGCAAGAACACUUGAAAGCUUGGCAUCUCUUCAGGAGGAUGAAGAUCUCAAGAGGACCAUUGAGGAAAGUGCCCAACUUCAAAGAGCAUAUGAGCGGUAUUUUGACACAGUGCUUGUGAACAACAACUUUGAGAAGACCUUCGAACAGCUCAAGGACGUGAUUGAUUCAUUAUCUACAGAACCUCAGUGGGUUCCCAUUUCAUGGGUUUACUGAGAUUUUUUUUUUCCAGUUUGAUGGAGUUGACACUGAAAAUAAUGUGGUUUUUGUUGGCCCAUGUGAAUGAACUUUGUCAACAGUAAGAAAUGUACGAUCUGAGAAUAUUUUAUAGAUUUUAAAAAACAUUUCUUGAUAUAAUGAAUUGAUGCUAAUUGUAUACACUUUUCUAAAUACACAAGAGAGGACCCAAAGUAAUGAGAAAUAUUUUCCUUUAAUUAAGUAUCAUAUUUCUUCUAACAUCCCCAAACCUCAGUCAGAGCUCUCUCUGAGAUGCAGUGGACUUGUCCACUGCUUCAUCCAUUGUUAAAGAUGGUACAGUGAUUCCUGCGAAUCAGUGCUGCCUCUCAAAAAUUUUCUUUCGCCUCCUCUGCAUCUUAAAAACACUUUAAACAGUUUCUUUUUCCGAGAUAAAGUCACAAGGGGUAAAAUACGGGGUAUUGUACAGUGAGAAUAAGCAGCAUUGAUUUAUGUUGGAAAGUGCUGCAUACUCGGUGCUCUGCAAGGGAGAGUGUUGUCAUGGUGCACAAGCCACUCACCUGAGUACCACAGAUUGAGACUAUUUCCUUUUAACUAGAUACAUAAUCACUUGGACAUUUCAGUAGAAAAAUGCUGAUUGACUCUUUAAAAGAUUUUAAAAGCACAAACCCUUUGAUAUAAAGGAAUCGUAGUGGAAACGGAAGUUGAUGCACAUGUCGCUAUUUUACAUCCACUUUCACAAAACUGUCGUGCAAAGUAGUGGAGGCUCAAGAUGAAGCACUGAGCAGUCUACACAAUGAUGCCAUUCGUCCGACUGAGUGUGUGUGUUUAUGUGUGUGUGAAAGUCGUACGCAAUGGCAUUAGAGCCCCUUCACCUCGGUGAAAAAUAUUCUCAUCAUUUUUGGGUCCUCUCUCCUAUAGUAGUAAAACACACACACACGAAAAGACGUCCAGGUUGUGUUCUGCAUUUGUGUUGUGCUUAGAUCUGAUUGUGUGCUUAGCAGAUGCCAUAAUUCAACAUGGACGAAUCUCCUUUUCUUUUUUUUUUUGUUUUUCUCUGUGUGACACAGCUCUUUGUCGUGUCACUUAUGUAUGAAAACCUGAAGACGUAUGUAUGCUGCACAGUGUUUGCCAAGGCCAUGCUAACUCCGUCCAUUUGCUUAAUACAUAUCUGGCAUUUUUGUAGCUGUGAUGGCUGUGGCAAGUACCAGAGUAGCUCCUAAAUAUUGUGUUUAGGCAUUCCACUUGACAAUGUUUUUGUUGGCCAAAUGAGGAAUCUCAGAGAUAGCUGCCUGAGCAGCAUUGUUUUACAUCAGACAGUUCUUUCUGUUGCACAUUCCAUUUUAAAUCUAUUUGUUGAUUUUGGAUCUUGCUUAAUAUUACAAUAUGUGCAUAGUUUCCCUUAUGCAAAGCAUGUUCUUUUAUGUGUGUGUGUAAGUGUGUGCAUGUGUGUAUGCAUGUGUUGAAUGAACACAGGCCUCUUGCCACUUUUAUAACCGGUGAUGCCACCUAAAAACAUUACACACACAUCGCUCAUAAUACAGAAAAUCAUCUGCAUCCAGUCCCAUGCAGAGCAUACUUAUGUUUGAGAGAUGUUCUUUUGGUCCCUGUGUCAUAUUUUUGCCUUGAAAUUGGAGUAUGCUCUGCCACUGUCUGUGUAAGGCUUACUGGUAAAAACCACAUGCCAUUCCUGUCACUGAUAAUUCUACCUUGUUAUUAUAUUAAGCUAAUGCUUAAUGUUGAAGUAAGACUGGAAAGAAAAAAGCAGGGGUUUUAUUGUUACCAAUAACAUUUCCAAUAAUUAUAGGCCAUACAGCACGCACGAUUUCAUGGCUUGACCCUGGCUGUGGUGUCAGCAUUAAAAUGGGGACUGAAUCUGACAGCCUGGAUUUACUGUGUAUUGGUUGCACACGAGAAAAGUUCCAGGUGGCACAAAUAAUCUCGAGUGCUCCACUUUGGCAUGCUUCAUAAUCAGAUUCUGGUUCUGAAGAAAAAAAAAAGAAACCCUAGAAUUUUAAGUAAACGUUUUAGUUGUACUAAUAUAUUUUGUCUUUUUAACUUAAAUGUUGCAAUUAGGUGAAAUACACAGCUGUGUGCUUGCUAUACAUAGUGUUUGUCAUCAUUAUUGAUGUCUUCUGUGAAUAAUGAAAAAAACUUCAAUGUGCACUUGCUUUUAUAAGCUUGCCAGCUUGUAUAGGCAAACUUGCAAACCUGCUUCUCAUAUGAUGUGUUUCCGGUCCUGGUUGUUUCUAUAUACCUUCUGGAAAAUGGUGCAGCAAUUUGGUGUGGUAUGCUUGCUUGCAGUGCACAGUAGGUUGGGGCUGUUAGAGCAGGGUGUAUGGUAGCACAGGAAUGAGAAGGUUGUGCAGAUUGAAAGAUCUACUUAAUGCAAUAGAGUACCUGUUAGCAGCCCUGCGUUUCUAAAAAAAUUAGUCUCACUUUUGGAGUUGAAAGGAUAUGAUAAGGUAGUGUUAGUGAUCACUGGUGCUCACGUGGUCAUUAUGUGUGUGUAGUUUAUUGAAUGCAUUGUGCAUAAUUUUACACUGGGUACUGCUUGUGAGGAAAGAUCAAGUGCAUUCUAGGUUUUGGCUAUGUGUGAUUGUAGCUGUAUUUUUGUAUGUGUAGAUUGCAUGCACAUUUUGAUACCACAGCGAUAACGUGAUGCAACAGCGACACUUUGUCAUAUGAUGAGUGCUCAGGUAUUAAAAUUGAAUCAUGACAGAGGCACUGGUAAUAAAUAAUCAAGAGUAAUAUGCUUUUGGCAUAUUGAUAUUUUUGCAAGAGUAAUAAUUUUACUUUAUCUAUAAAUCUGUGAAUUUCAUUGCAUGUUGUAGUUUUGGAUAUUCAGAUACAUGACAUUUCAUAAGCAAAAACAUUCUACAGGUGUGCUUAUAACUGAAAGUUUUGUCCAGUAAGACGCUUCUUGUGGUAAUAAUUUGUAUUUACUGACAUCACAGAUAGUAACUGACAUGAAUUUUCCUAUUGGAGUGUAACAUAUUUUACAUCAUCAUCUGCUACUCAUUAUGUGCCAUGCAGAAUUUUGAUGUAAACUUGUAUGCUGACUAAGUACAGUCUACUUUUCUUAAAGAGGUUAGAUGUACUUUUAAGGAGUGUUCAUUUCAAGACUGACGCAUAUUUUGCAUACCUCGCAUAGCAUUUCUUUCAACACAACAAUUUACAAGCACUUGUCCAAAUGAAUUAUAUACGUGUGAAAAAAAUUUCUAAGCAAUGUACUGUACCGACACCUUGUAUGACUGAAUUAACUUCGCCAUCUUUGCUGUGCGUUAAAUUCAGGAUUUCUCUUCUGCUCCUUAAGUUACAUGCGGUCCUUGUGGAAUGUUGUUAUGCAUAUAAAAAAGUGUGGUAUUAAUUUGUUACAUGUUACUUAGGUUCAAUGUCACUUGCACUUGUUUCAAAAUUUCCCAGUUGAGACAUUCCUGGUAAAAGAAUUCUUGCAAGUUGACUUCCUGAUGUCACAUAAAUAUGUGCAAAGACAAAUGUUUCAUUACGUGACAUAGAAGCCAAUUUUAGUGAAAUAAUUCAUCUUCGCAAUGAGAAAUUUGGCUUUUUUGUUGAUUAGGUGCAAUGCACCUCCAGUUCACGAAGCUGUAAGAAAAUCAUGGCUCACAGUUUCGUUACUCCAGCUGUAUGUGUGAGUCUUAGUGCCAGGCAGCUACUUCAUGAAUUGCGGCUAGGCACAUUUGGUUGUGGCAGGUGUUUGUGGUGCAUUGUACCUUAUUUUUACUGUCCUGAAUGGCUUCCCAGCCGUAUUGUUGCUGCAUGACAAGACUUCUCCGACAGAUGGCAUAGUUAUUUAAUGCACAUGCAUUUUUAUUGUUUAGCCGCACUUUGAUAACAUCAACAGAACUACCGCUGCAAUUUGAAGCCACUGCUUUAGAAACAGAUCUCACACUGCUUGAUGACAUGUUGUGUUGAAAAUAGAGCAAACAGACUGGUGGUAUGUUUUUGAGGCACUAUACGGCCGUUCUCUUUUUACAUUUGUGCUGGAAUUUUCAUUUGUUAGCUCACGUGUCUUAUACAUCUGAGGUCUUUAUGACCUGAGAUUUUUAUAGACCUGUUACCUGGUUGCCAUUGUGGCAUCAUCCGUCCAGAAUUGUGCCUUUGACAGCUGUACAAUAAAGUUGUGUUGCAUUCAUGCUAGAA